AUGACUUCACUUGGUGCUGAACCAAUCAGGCCCCGGAACUCAAGGAAAGAGAGGGAGUGCCAAGCUGUUACUGUUCACCCUCUGGUCCAGAUCUUUCUUCAGAAGAAACCUGAGUGGUCUCACAGACUUCCUCCGUUGUGCUGUUUUACUGAGGUUGGGUGGAGUCAACACGUCAUGGAUAAAGAACUCCCUAAAGGCAGUCCCAGGGAGCCCACACUGAACAUCAAGAAGUCAGACAAAUCCUUCACACGCAAGAAGCCCACCAAAAAUGUGCUGAUAUUUUUAAUCAACAGACAACUGGGCCGGCACAGAAGUGACAUCGACCUGUCAAGAUGGGUGUGGAUGAUGUCAUAA